AUAAAAUAAUCCAGCGACAGUUAACAAAUCGCCGCAAACAGGUUCACUGGGAAAUUGGUUUCAUCGUCGGAUUCGAUCGAUUAGUGCAUCAAGUCUCCGAAAUCAUCAUGGGGCUUCGACUGUCCCAAAGCGUAACAAUGGUGCUCUCACUUUGGCUCAUGCUGAUGGCAAUCAACUUGAGCGAAGCCAAAACCAUUCAAAAGCGGAUGUUUGCUACUGGAAAUCCAUUCACGUUCGGUGGCUUGCGCAACGCCAUUCUCCAUCGCCAACUGCAUCAGGAGCCAUCGGAAGGUGUCGCCUGGCCGAAAUUCGUAGCACUCAAGGAACACAUCCGACCCAGUCGCCAAUUCCAGCCGAUUGUCGGUUCUUCCGCCUUCAUUCCACUCGGAAAUAACGUUCCGCUGGAACCGGAGCACCGCGCUGUGAACCAUCACGAUUCGUCGCCACAUCUCAACGAGGUGGACGUUCAGAGUUCAACCGAUUCGACACCUGAACCACCGACGGAAUCGCCGAUUCUUUUCAAACAGUUCACUCCGUCUCUCCCCAUUCCAAUUCCGUUCCUUCCGUACAGCGUUCCAGUUAAUCAGCAGACGUCUGUUCCAGCAUCUUUCACUUCGUACAACGGCCAAGUCUCCCAGACAUCGUCUCUUCCGCAACCCACACCUGUUCAGGCAUCUCUUCCGACGUCUUUCACUACGAGCAACAACCCAGAGCCGGCGCAAUCUUUCGUCCCUUACAACGCUCCUGUCCAGCAGCAGCCCCAGCAACCUAGUUCCCAGUCUUUCACCACUUUUAAUGACCAGUCAUCGCAGCAAUUGCCUGCUGCUCAGCCUACAUCUGUCGCCGAAACUUUUACUCCGUUCACCAGUGCUGAGCCACAAUCUGCAUCCGCAUCUUUCCCUUCUUUCAAUAUCCCCCCACCGCAGCCUCAAUAUUUCACUCCUUACAAUAACCAAGCCUCGCAGCCAUUGCCAUCACCUCAACCCACAUCUGCUCCGGCGUCUUUUAAUCCAUUUAACAAUGCAGAUCAGCAAGCUGCUCGCGCAUCUUUCACUCCUUACAAUGGCCCUGUUCAACAACAAUACACUCCCAACAACGCUCCUGCUCAACAACCACCUCCACAGCAGUUUACUUCUUACAGCGCUCCUGCUCAGCCUCAACCCACUGCACAGCCAUUCAUUCCUUCACAGUUCGUUCCUGUUCAACAAUCCCAGCCCGCUCCACAGCAGUACGCUCCUCACAGCGCUCCUGCUCAACAAUCGGCUUCACAGCAGUUUACUCCUUACAACGCUCCUGCUCAGCCUCAACCCACUGCACAGCCAUUCACUCCUUACAGCGCUCCUGUUCAACAACCCGCCCCACAACAGUACGCUCCUGCUCAACAACAACAACCCGCCCAACAACAAUACUCUCCUGUUCAACAGUCCCGAGCUGCAUUUUACAGCAGUCCCAUUCAACCCCAAUCUGCUCCACAGCACGAAGAAUCUUUCUCUCCGUUCAACGGUCCUGCUCCACAGAUCCAGUCGGCUCCUAACAACCCUCAACCUGCACAGGAGCCUCAGCAGCAACCGUUCCAGCCAGCCAAUCAAGCGGCACCAGCAGUAGAAAGCGCUCGAUCUUACGAAGACACCCAAGCGUACGGACCACCGCAAGUUGCCCAGCCAUUUUCUAUAUUCCAAGAAAUGAUCCAAAAGAAUUUGGUGGGUUGGCCAGGCCAGGUUGAGCAACCAUCGCAGGGACGCCAAUAUGAGCAGCCGCAGUACGCCCAGCAGCCGCAGUACGCCCAGCAGGGAGCUGAUCACCAAAACUACCGCAACUCGUACGCCAACUCUCGUUUCCUCAACUUUGAGUCGCCAACGAGUCAAUUCGCCAAGAGAUCGCUGGAAGCGCCGCCAUCACCAUCCGAAUUGGGUUUCCCAUCGAUCGGCAGUUUCUUUGAAAAUUUCAAUAACGAUGUCGACUGGGCCAAUUUCGCUGGUAGACGCAAGCGCCGCUCGGCCCAGAGACCCACCAACACCAGAAGAUCGGCCCAAGAUUGGGGCAAUCGAAAGAUUAUUGAAGAUUACGACAACAUCGCAGUUGAGGCUAGACAAUCCACGGAAUCCCGCGUUCCGGCUCCCUCUUCCCGUUCAGUUUCCAACGACAGAGGACACAAACAAGAGCCCAAACAAGAAUACGACGGCCCCUAUGUCUACACUCAACUUUUCGGUCCACCUUACGAAGUGGGAUACAUCCGCAGCCCCAUUCCGUCCAAGCAUGUUUAUGAGGACUACCUGCAGUUUGUCCGAUCGUGGAGCGCCGCCAGUCGUGAUGCCGUCGAUGACCAGCUGAGAACCAAUCCAGCAGCCGCCAAGGACUACUCUUCAGUGAAAUACACGGAUUCCGCACCGGCCUACAAAGAAUCAGCGCCAGCUUACAAAGAACCAGCCCCGGCCUAUAAGGAACCUGCACCGGCCUACAAAGAACCUGCAUCCACCUAUAAGGAAUCAGCCCCAGCCUACACGGAGGCUCCAGCCUAUAAAGAAUCAACCCAGUCCUACAAGGAAUCAGCCCCGGCCUAUAAGGAAACUGCUCAAGCCUACAAGGAUGAGUACAAAGCACCAGCUUUCAAGGGACCAUCUCAAUCUUACAAAGAGCCUGCUUACACGGAGCCGGAAUACAAGGAGCCCGCCUACAAGGAGCCCGCCUACAAGGAGCCCGCCUACAAAGAGCCUGCUCCGGCCUACAAGGAACCUGCCUACAAAGAGCCCGCUCCGGCCUAUGCAGAAUCUUCUUCGGCCUACAAAGAAUCCGCCCCGGCCUACAAGGAAUCAGCCCCAGCUUACAAAGAAGUCGAGUACAAAGCACCAGCUUUCAAGGGACCAUCUCCGUCUUACAAGGAGCCUGCUUACACCGAGGAUUACAAAACACCAGCCUACAACAAAGAACCCGAAUACAAGGAACCAUCUUCAUCCAAAGGGUCCGCCACUGCUUACAAAGAGCCAGAGUACAAGCAACCAGCCCAGGCCUCCUACACCGAAACUGCUCCAGCCUACAAAGAACCCGCUUACAAGGAGCCUGAAUACAAACAACCAGCCAAGGCUGCCUACACCGAAGCUGCCCCAUCUUACAAAGAGCCUGCCUACAAGGAGCCCGCUUACAAAGAAGAAUCCUACAAGGAACCACCUCGCACGGAUCGUCCAGUUUUCAGAGAUGAGAUUCCGUACCGAGGAGAAACAUCCCACAAAUCUUCCUACAAGGAUGAAGCGCCGAAAAUAAACUACCACUCGCCGCAGUCCGACUACGUCGCUCCUGACUCUGAAUUCCGACCAACCAGCAGACCCUACGAAGCCGUUGGACCCAAAUCGCCCGUCUAUGUCGAACGUGAUUUCAUUCCCAUCAAACCACAAGCUCCGUCUUACGAUGCGCCAACCACCACUUACCGGACGACGACUGCCUAUGAAGCUCCUGCUAAAAACGGAUAUCCUACAUACCCCCCGACUGCCGUUUACGAACCAGUUACCGUCAAGUACAAGGCUCCUGAAGCGUCGUACGACUCGCCGACUCAAAGUUACGAACAAGCCACAACCAAAUACAAGGCACCGGAGGCAUCCUACGAAUCGGCGGCUUACGAAGCUCCUAAACGGUAUGUAGAAACCCCAACUCGUGAUUACUUGCCAGCCAAGAAAUACGAAAACCCACCAUCACGAACACCUUCACCGUCCGUCGCCUAUUACAAACCUCCAAACAGGUACGUAGAACCACCAACGAAAUACGAAUCUCCCGCUGCUUACGACAGCCCAGCUCCAGCCAAAUAUGUUGAACCGGCCUACGAAGCUCCUAAAAAGUACGAAGCUACUUAUGACAGCCCAGCUCCGGCUAAAUACGUUGAACCGUCCUAUGAAGCUCCUAAAAAGUACGAAGCUACUUACGAUAGCCCAGCUCCGGCCAAAUACGUCGAACCGGCCUAUGAAGCUCCAGGUAAAUAUGUCGAGUAUCCUCCUACUACCCACAAACCAGACGGAUACCGAGUCGAACCGCUGACCACUCCUGCCUACAAGGAAACUUAUCCAGCUGACGAUUACGCCCCUAGUGGUUACAAGGAUGAUGUCGAAUUGUCCAGUACUAGUUACCAGGCAGUGUCCAAGAAUUACGAUUCACCCAUUGAUGAUUAUGGUAAACCACCAGUGGCUUACGAUCAAGUGAAAAAGCCAGAAGAGUCCUAUUCGGCUGAAAAAGAAUCGUAUCCAUCGUCUUCAUCGUACGACGAUGCCAAGAAACCGGAUGACACCUACGGAGCUGAUGCUGGAUCGUCACCCUCUUACGAAGCACCCAAAAAGAAGCACUACCCAGUCAUCAUUGGUCGCUACCAGGUCACCGACUCCAGCGCCUUUUUGCCUAAAAAGGUCGGCGGUGAAAGUGGCGGAAGCAGUAGCGGAAGCAGCAGCGGAGGGAAAUCGGUCGGAUCGCAAGUUCAUGGAGCUAAUGGAGAGGAAUAUGUUGUCUAUUACUUACCUUACGGUCAGCCACUUCCGAUUCCAGUCCGACGCAAGAGAAGCACACAAGACUUGGAGAACGUCCAACCAGUCUACACCAUCCGGCGCUUGAAGAAUUUGGCUGAUAGCCAGCGUCACCGACGCAAACUGCGUGGAGAGAGCCCACCGGAGGAACAAGUACUUACUCCGGAGGAGGUCCACAAACAGGUCGCAUACGCCAAAGCAGUUGAGACUGCGAGAGCUGAAGUGGUAACUGAAGAAGCCGUCACCGAAACUGUCCCCUUUGCUGUUCCAGUUGUCGAAGAAGAAGUCCUUAUCCCAGAAAUUGAUUUGAAAAAGGUACAGGAUGAGACCGCUUCAACUCAAGACGACGUUGACCGAGAUGAAAUCGUUGCACUACAAGUUGACGACCUAGUACAGAACGACAAUGUUCCACCACAAGCUGACAUUUCAGACGACGAAAUCGUUGCACCUCAAGUUGACGAAGUGCUUGACGAAAUCAUUUCAUCAUCAAUUGAUGUUUCACAGGAUGAAAUCGUUCCAGCCCAAGUUGAGGAAAUCUUGAAAGAAGAUCUUCCAGUUCCGGCUGAAAUUGUCCAGGAAACCCCAUCCGACGACGAAGACGAUGUAUCAGUUACAACCGAUUUGCCAAUCACCAUGGAUGAAAUGAUGGUGGCCAAGAUCGAAGAGGACUUGACUAGAUCUUCCAUGCUUCCCAUGACUGUCGUAGUACCAGAGACGCCCAUGUCAGAUGUUGAAGAACCUGUAGGAGAAAUUAUCAUUGUCAAAGUAUCGGCUGACAAUGAGGAGAAACCUGUUAUCGUGGCUGUCGAAGAAGUGAGCGUCUUACAAGUUAACACGGCUCCUGAGACGGAAGAAGAAGAACCCCAGGUAACUUUUGGUAUUGCCGAAGAGCCUGUUGUGGUCAUCAAUGCUGAAACACCCAUCGAGGUAGAAGAUGAACCUGUUGUGGCUGUCGAAGGUGGAGUCGCCAAUAUCGAUUUUCUUACGGAGACGGAACAGGAGGAAGAAGUGAAUGAACCUCCAUUCACCUCAGAAGUGGCUUUCAUCACCGAAAAGGGAACCAAGGACUACCCUGCCAAUCCAUUUGCAUACGAAGGCAAAAAGAAGAAGCCCGCAAUUUUCAAGCAGUCCACCUUGCCCGGCUUAACUCAAAGGCCCGUCAAGUACCUAAAGCCUCCCGGAAUAGCAGCCGAUCCUAAGGAGAGUUCCGGAGGUUAUUCGACCUGGUGGACCAAAAUCGGAUCACGAGUUUCCAAACAUUAUAAUUACGAAUAAAGUGAAUGAAUGUAGUAUUGAAGUUUAUUACCUGCAGCACCGUGAUGUAAAAUCAGAAGAAUGAUGGGUGUCACGACCGCUUGGCGCUAGUGUACAUGUCACCAUUCGUCUUUUUCAGCAUGCCUGCAUGUUUGUUUGGUAGUCCCCUGUUGGUGUUUAAAAAAAAUAUGCGCCAAAACCCAUAAUGUGCGCAUUGAAUUGCAGUGCCUUUACCCGCCUCUUCACCUACCAAAGUUUAUUCUUUCUUUCAACUGAUGUAUAAAUAGGUGUUUGAUGAAAACAGAAUUAUACGAUUUUUAUAUUCCCAAA